UUUAUUAUUUGUAUUUUAUUAUUUUUGUUAAAGGUUUCUUCUGCCAAAAUAAAUGUCAAGAAGUCAGUUCUUACGAAAUCUUAAAUAAACAGCAUGUCGUUGCAUACAGUCUCUCGCAUAGUAAAAUAAAUUAAUGCAUAAUUCAACUUAUUGUUAGUGAUAUAAACAUGACAUAAAAUAGAUGAUAAAAGCAACCAAAAUUUUGAUAAUCCUGACACAUGGAAAGACAAUUUUUUAAAAAUUGCAUUAUAUAAACAUACUCCUAUAAAGUUUAUCAAGAAUACAAAUUGGAGAUGCAACAUAAAGUGGAAAUCGAAAAGAAUGUUUGGGAUCCUCUUAAUAUUUUUCGCGUGACCAGUGAUUACAAAUACGCCGUCAUUAUUUUAAAUAGUCCUAUAUGUUUGAAGAACAAUUUAAUGUUUCAACUUUGGGAGAAUGCACAAGUAACUAUUACUGUUGAUGGAGGUACACACAGAUGGUUAAAUUAUUUAGACAAAGAAGGAAUAGAUAUUUUCAGUGGAAAUUAUAAUAAAUAUGUUCCAAAUCUUAUUACUGGAGAUAUGGAUAGUUCAUCGAAGUGUACUAUUAAUAAAUUACAAGAUAUUGGCUCCAAAGUUAUUAUGACGCCUGAUCAAAUGUUUACAGAUUAUACGAAAGCUUUAAUGGAAUUGAAGAUUCACAUUAAGGAAGAAAAUAUUAAUUUAAAUGCUGUAUUUGUAAUAGUUGAAAAUUUGGGUAGAUUUGAUCAUCUACUUGGAAAUAUUAAUACACUUUAUAAAUCUGGAAAGAUUAUACCCAAUGUACAGAUAAUACAAGUUGCAAGUGAUUCGUUAACGUGGCUGUUAAAGUCAGGUUUUCACAAGAUAAGGAUACCUAAUGUAUUACUUCAAGGAAAUAAUUGGUGUGGGCUAUUGCCAAUCGGUGCACCUGCUAAGCACAUAUCGACAACUGGUUUAAAAUGGAAUUUAGAUAAUGGAUUUAUGCAGUUUGGUGGCUUAGUUAGUACUUCAAAUACAUAUGAUAAAUGUCCUGAAGUAACUGUAAAUACAGAUGUUUCUUUGAUUUGGACCAUGGGGGUAGAACCGUUAAUGAAUACUGGAAAUUAUUAAUAUUGAGAAUUAGUUUAUGCGCAAUCAGUAAUGUUUUAUUUUAGCGGUGACAAACUUAUGAUCUGCAAAAGAAUAUAACUUUCUUACUUUAUUUAUAUUAUUUAUUUAUAAUUAACAAAAAUUAAGAAACAUACGCGAAUCUGUACUUAUAGAAAUUUCAUUUAUUAUGUAUUAAAUACAUAAUAGAACAACUCGGUAUAGAUUCAUACUUAAGAAAUAAUCUAUAAUUUAAUUUAAUUUAUUAUCUAUUAUAUUAUAGGUGGUGGUAUAAACAAAAUUUCAGGAAUUUGUAUAUUAGAAUAAUAUUCAAUCUUUAAAAGUAAAAAGUUUAGAAGGUAUCUUAUCAAAGAUUAUAUGAAUGAUUUAUUGAGAGAGUAUUGAAAAUUUGUAAGCGACAUGAAAAAUGAAAGCUUUUAGGAGGAGCGUGUCAUUCGAGUAGUGGGGGGAGAAACAGGUAAAUAUCGAUCGGAUAAAACUUCCGGGAGAUGGUAGGGGAAACUUAAGAAGUUUCAUUUCAGUCGCGUGAGAGUUUCAUGCGGUUUUCUUUUGUUUUUUUUUUUUAAAUAAUUUCUUAUACAUAUUCAUAUUGAUUUAACUUGACAACGAAAAGUACUUUUUUAUUUCAAACAUAAAAUGAAAUUAAUCAUGACAAAUAACACAUAUUAAAUAGUAUUUCAUUUCUCUCUGUGUAAAAAUAUCAAUUUGAAAAUUUGUAUCAAGAUUAAUUAUUGUUAAUUGUUUUCCUAUCUAUAG